AAUUAUCAUCUCAUAGCGCACAGAAAAGAACGGAACGGAACGGCCCAGCACGACCCUUGCUCUACCUGUCCAUAUUUCUCUUUCGCAAGGACCAGCAUACACAUAGUCCACUUUUUUGUUCUUACAUUAGUAUGCGACGCCUGUUUACACUUUUGCCACCAUUGCUACUCGCCAUGGCGGUGGGGACCGCUGGACGCGAUCUCGCAUCCGAAAGUGAUUCUUUGAUCGGAGAUUUACAGCCGGAACAGAAAAGCAUUUCGGAGACCGUAGGAACCGUGGACGAUUUUGCCAGGUUUACCAAACAAGGCUGCGACUGUUCCUGCGAUUGUCAGGAAGGAGAAGAUAACUGUGAUUGCGAAUGCGCUUGUCCGGACGAUUCGCUGGUAGCCGCUGUUGGGAAAGCGGUUGUGGGAGCACCGCCCGGAAUGUUCCCUUCCGGCCUGCAACAGUUUCAAAAAGACGGGAGCGGCCCCGACAAGCUGCGGGUUAUCUGGCUCAUGUCCUUUCCUAACAGCGGAACGUCCUUCACACUGCACCUGAUUCGCGAAUCAACCAACCAUACAACGGGAACAAAUUACGCCUUGGAAGGCGACAUUAAAGACAAACCGAGUGAGCAAAUCUUGCCCUCUCCCGAAGGAGACGAAGGUCCUUUCUUGGAGCUCGUCCCUAACCGCGUGACGACCGUCCCUCAAAAAUACAUUUUGACCAAAACACACUGCCACGGCUUUUGCGGAAGUCGUCAGUGCCCCAACUAUAUUCACACCGCCCGCAGUUUUCAGAUGGGAUGCCGUUCUGGCUUUCGUGCCAUUAAGAAUGAAGAAACUGGACGUAUGGAGCAAGUUCGGACAACAUACGACGCCGAUCUUGUCAAGGGCGCGAUUCAUUUGUUCCGACAUCCGCUUGACAACGCAGUGGCUCGUCAUCAUUUGGAACUGAACGACGCAAGAGCCGUCGGGGACAACGAAUUCAUUGCAACCUUCCCUAAGGGAAAGCAAGGUUUCGCAAAAUGGUGUAGGCAUCAGGAUCAGGAUCGCACCUUGUUCCAAAAGUGGGUUAUAUCCAACGAUCCGCGCUUGCGGUUCAAGAUGCGGGAAAUACCGUGCUUUAACGAAUUUUUCAAGUAUGUACAGUGGCACAACUAUGCAUUUACCACUACGCAGGAUAUGGGCAUUCCAGCCAUGAUUUUGCAUUACGACGAAUACGACAACGAUCUGGAGUCAACAUUGGACCGGAUUUUGGACUUUGUGGAGCUUCCGAAAGACGGGCAGCGUGUAGACUUUAUCAAAGGAAAGCUUUAUCGAGAUUACUGGAGCGAUGAGCAAAAGAAAAAUAUUGUCGAGUUUCUACAAGAGUUUGCUUCCGCUGCAACAUGGAAAGAGCUCUCACGGUACGACUAUUCGUAA